AUGGCCGAACAAAUAGGCACCCCCGGGUCUAACGCCGACACCUCUAUAAACGGAGGGAAGACGAGCGCCCCAAAAGACAAAGCCUGCCCAUUCUGCCACCAGCAAUUUACCUCUUCUUCGUUGGGCCGGCAUCUCGACCUUUAUAUCAAGGGGAAGAACCCCAAACCCCCCGAUGGCGUCCAUGAUGUGGCCGAGAUUCGAAAGAUGAGAGGGGGGAUCACAAGGAGGCAGCCAAGGGUUUCUUCAUGGAGGCGGGAAGGCUCGACGCCCGCGGGCACCCCUAGGGCGCACGAUAGACGGAGUCCGGGUCCAGAGUCUGCGCGAGGGAACAGGUCGCCGAGGGAUGAUGAUGGGUCGGUUGGUAGACCAGGUCAUCUUGGGAAGCCGGACAGUGGUUUUCAUAUAAACAAGCCCACCUGGGAGUCGACAGGAGUGAUGAACAUCAUCCCACCAACAAGAAGAAAUGGGGAUUCGGCGCGUAGCUGGGAUGGAGAUGGAGAUGGCGGCCGCAGAAUAGAUAGCAGGAGCAGGUCUGUCAGCAAGCAAACGCUGGCGAAGUCGACAUUCGAGCAGAAGCAGAAACUGAUAGAUGCUCUCGACAAUGCGAAAGCGGCAGAACUCGCACUGCGAGAAUUAUUAGGGUCAAUCAGAGCGGCAAAGCAACGCAUUGAAGGUCCCUCAAUCUUCGACUACGACCCCUUAACCCUCGAUUUCCCGGCUCUCUGUCUCCACUGCCUGCCCCCUCCGCCAACAUUAUAUCAGACAGUGCCCAUUCCAAACCCCUCUUCAUGGUCUAUUCAGCCUCCAGAUGACCAACAAUAUCAAGCGCUCCGAUCUCACUUCUCUGCGGAAUUCCGUCGAUGGCGCGUCUCAUGUGCGGUAGCCACGACUGCUCCAACCGACGACCUCUCUUAUCCCCCACCACAACUCUUCGACGGUCUCGACCGUACAGAAAUUGCACGGCAGGCGGAAGCUUCAGCUUCUGAACUGGAAGCUCGAAUAUCAGACCAUAUCCAUGGCGCCUUCGCACAUUGGAAUUCCAUACCGCCUUCUAGCCGGCAGGAAAUAUGGAUAUUGGAAAUGGCGCGCAGUGUGGGCCGGAAAUCGCAGGAGAUUCAAAAGCUGAGGAAGGAUAAAGAGUCUAAUCAGCAGGAGACAGCGCAUCUACAGCUACAAAUUGAUGAGCUGAGUCGGUUACAACAUCCCAGGGAAUUCAAACUUGUGUCUCCCACCACGGUGCCAUUUAAUGGGGAGUUGAUGAACCACCUAGGCGAAUUGGGACUAAAGACCAAAUCAGUUGGGUUCGACCUUAUGGAUAGACAGGUGCAUCUAGAUACAGCGAUCGAGCGCGCAAUUGAGAGGUGGAAAGGCGUGGUGAAGGAGGCAAGGGGAACUGGCACCGGGCUACCAGCCCAGCGGUCGAUGAGCGGGGAGUUUGGCCCUCCUACAUCUGCCUCCGCUCCUCCAGCUUCCACCUCCCAAACUCCUCCGUCUCCAUUGAUCCAACCACCAUCUCCCCAGAUCAAGAACCACAACCACACUCCGAUCCCAAAUUCUAACCCUAAUGCGCUUCCGGAUCAUAGUCAGAACAACACGCCUGCUCCUCCCCAGAUAGGCGGCCUUGAUGAUAUGGGUAGCGAUGCAGAUGCCGAUGCCGAUGCGGAUAUGGAAGAUGAUGAUUCAUACAUGGAGAUGAAUGAUGCAUCGCACGCGCGCGCUCCCGAAGCUUCCAUGGCGGCCGCGACGAAUUAUAGACUUACGAAUGGGAAUGGGGGGCAGCAAACUAAUAAUGGGCUGGAGAGUCAGGCUCAGCAAGGAUACGUCAGAAUUGGUGCUUAA